AUGGCGAAUAGAACCACGAGGAAGAGCAAGUGGCCCACGUUCGACGGGAAAGCAGAAAAUAUUACCAAUUGCAUUACCAUUGUGUUUUUCCUCCCCAGCACGGAGUACGCCAUCCAAAAGCUCCGUCAGGAGGGCAACGAGGAGGGCACCUACGUCCUACGCUGGAGCUGCACCGACUACCAGUACAUCAUCAUCACUGUGGUCUGCACUGAGAUCGACCUGAAGGAGUCUCGCACUGUGCGUCAGUAUAAGAACUUCCAGAUUGAGGUGGCCCCCACUGGGUUCCGCUUGUACGGCACUGAGACAGUCCGGGCCACUCUGUUCGAGCUGCUGGAGCACCUGGAGGGCCAAAGCCUUCGCACAGACAAUCUCCAGUUCCAGCUGCAUCGAUGUUGCCCUCCACAGCCUAGAGGUAAGCUUAAUCAAGCCAUGGACAUACAAAAAAUACAUAGUGAACUAAUCAAAGGCAUGUGCACUAACCAAUACCCAGAUGAGGAGAAGCACACAGUACUGCAACUUCAUUAAGCUUAAAGGUCCCCU